AUGUCAUCUAGUGAGGAGAAAAAUCACGCACCUGCACGUAAUGCCGAAGGAAAUGGGCUAAGAAAAUAUGAAUUUACUGAACUAGCUGAAGCAUCUCGUUAUUUCUCCAAUGGAAACCGCAUUGCCCGUGGACGCUUCGGCGAUGUCUACAAGGGAGUCGACGUAGCUAUUAAGAAACUUGAUAUAAGUGAGGACGAUCACUGGGAAAAGAAAUUCCAAGAUUUGAUCAAGGCCUUUGGCACUGUGCAUCACGAAAAUCUAGUUAAACUGAUUGGGUACUGCAGCUCUUCAUCCGAUAAAUUGCUUGUUUCAGAGUUUGUUUCCAACAAGUCCUUGAAAUUUUAUCUAUAUGAUGAAAAGAAAAGAUCAAAUUUGACGUGGGCAAGAAGAAUGAAAAUUGCUAAAGACACUGCUAAAGGAUUGGCACAUCUACACGAGGGUAGCCCCCCAAUCAUCCACGGAGACAUCAAGGCAGCCAAUAUUCUCCUUGACCAUAAUUUUAACCCAAAGGUUGCAGAAUUUGGACUUGACAACUUGUAUCCAAAAAAUGGUAAUGUUCAUAUGCCAUCACCUCUAAUUGGAAGGAAACUUAUACUUCAUGGAAGAUAUUUGAUAUUUCUUUUCCCUAUAUAUCAUUUAUGCAGAUCAUAA